CCUCUUCGUCGCGCCGCGCGCUCGAUGUCCUCGAUGAGUGUCCCCUUUCGUUCCGCUGUCAUGUAUCGCGCUGUCAAAAUUUCGUGUCGUGUGCGCCCGACCCGCGCUACUCGUUACGACAAACGCGUUAUAUGUUAACGUCAAUCGGAUCCCGUAGAGAUGGUGAAUGUGGACGCUAUACGAAAGAAUUAUCCGCUGCACUGGCUCGUCUGGCACAACAGCUAUGUAGAGCUCGACAAGGAACUGUCCACGAAUCAGCAUGAUAUAGAAAAGUAUGACAAUCGUGGAAGGACACCACUGAUGUUAGCGGUAACCUUGGGUCAUACGGAUUCCGCUGUAGUGCUGCUGCAGCACGAUGCCAAUGUUAAUACGGAGAACACUCAAGGAUGGACAGUGGUCCAAGAGGCAGUUGGUACGGGAAAUCCCAGAUUGCUGCAAUCGGUACUCGCCAGGAGAGACUACCAGAGGUAUUGUACUCGGGUGGCUGGUAUACCGGAGCUACUUCACAAACUCAAACAGGCGCCUGAUUUUUAUGUAGAAAUGAAAUGGGAGUUUACAAGUUGGGUUCCUCUUGUAUCUCGGAUGUGCCCAAGCGACACAUAUAAGGUUUAUAAGCAAGGUAGUAAUGUGAGGGUUGAUACUACUCUAUUAGGCUUUGAUCACGCAAAUUGGCAACGUGGCAAUCUAAGCUAUGUCUUCAAAGGACACAGUGAUGGGGCAACAAUAUUGGAGGUAGAUCAUGAAACGAGAAAAGUUUAUAUUGAACAUAUGAAACUUAUAGGAUAUGAUAAUGUACAAUUCAUGGUACCAUCUGAAGAAUGUGUGAUAGCUCGACUUACUAAUCCUAUAGCCACAACAUAUGUAGACACAGAUAAAAUUAGUUUUGAACGCAAUAAAGCAGGUCUAUGGGGAUGGCGAUCUGACAAAAGCGAAGGAAUAAAUGGUCAGGAGUGUAAAGUUUUUAGCGCAAGCAAUGUGGAAUUAGUAACUAAAACCCGACUAGAGCAUUUAUCUGAAGCUGAUAAAGUAAGGGCUCGAGCACCAAAGACUCCUUUACAGUCGCUUCUUGGUAUCGCAGAACAACAGCCGGAGAGUUCCAGCACUAUUGCUACCUGUGAAGAAUUUAAUAGCGAAACCAAUACUUCUUACAUAACGGCGGAGGAAUAUUUUGACCCGGCUGUCGAUUUGAAGGGAAGAGAUAUAGGUAGACCAAAAGAAGUUAAUAUAAAAUCACAAAAAUUCAAGGCAACUUUAUGGUUAAGCGAGAAUUAUCCAUUAAGCCUUCAAGAACAAAUUAUGCCAAUUGUUGAUCUGAUGGCUCUAUCUAGUUCACAUUUCGCAAAAUUAAAAGAUUUCAUUCAAAUGCAACUUCCAGCUGGUUUUCCUGUUAAAAUUGAAAUUCCAUUGUUCCACAUUCUCAACGCAAGAAUAACAUUUGGAAAUAUAUUUGGCUUGGAUCAAGAAGUAGACCAUGUAGGCCAAUUACAAGAAACUAAUCGGUUAACUUGCUUAAUUGACGAUAUUUGUUUCGAAGCACCUACCGGAUAUGUGAAAUUAGGAGCAGGAGGUAGGACACAAUUCAAUGUUGAAGAAGAGGACGAUUUGUUGCAGUUUGCGAUACAGCAAAGUCUUUUAGAAGCUGGCAGUGAACGGGAUGAGGUUGAUAUAUGGGAAGCAUUAAGAGCGCAAAAGCCAUCUAGACCAAAUACACCUAAUAUGAGCACUGAAGAAGAAAGGCAACUUCAGAGGGCGAUUCAGGCUAGUUUAGUGCUGUAUCAAGAGACUACAGCUGGAUCUACAGAAGGUACUGCGAAUCCAGUGGGUAUAAACGAAAGCGAAGAUAGUGAUUCUCUCGAAGAUACUGCAGAACAAUUGAGAUUAGCGUUAAAACUUUCCGAGCAGCAACAAAUGGAAGAAGAGCAACAACGGUUACUGGAAGAAGAAACGUUUCGUCAUGUGCUGGAACUAUCUUUGACGGACAAGUAAACUUCUAAAAUGUGCAAUAGUGAUAAAAACAAAUUCAUUACAGUAUAUACUUCCAAAAGUGAAAACUCUUCCAGUCUCAAGAAACGAGAGACUGUACAAAAAAAUCAUUUCCUACAUUUCAUAGAUUACAAAGUGCAUUAUGGAGUAAUAAUGUUGCUUACAAUGAACACUUGUUAUUAAAGUAUACAGCAAGUCAAAAGAUGGAAAUAGUAUAGUAGUAGUUAAGCAAAUGAAUAAUUUAAAUUAUGUUAUUUAUUCCUCAGCUACAUUUUAUAUGAGAUAAAAUUCUUCAAUACUCUAGACAUCUCAGAAAGAAUGUAACGAAGUCUUGAAAAUUACAGCUCAGAUAAAAAUGCAGUCACAAUCGACAAACAAUCAAAUUGUGUUUGUGUAAAUCCUAUCAACUGAAAGUAAAUAAUGUAAGUUACAACUGUUAAUAUCUAGAAUAAAAUGGCAUGUAAUUCUCAAGCCUUCAAAAAUUAUUCGUCUGGUCCUUUUUCCUCAGUUUAAUCUCUACUUCUAUGAAUUCGUAAGUGCAUAUUGAUAAUUGAAAUACGAUGAUGCAGAAAGAUGUAACUGCUAUCUUUAAUCAAAUCAAACAUUUUUACAAGGAUCCCUUUUCAUAUCUACAAUAAUUCUAUAUGUAUAAUAUUUUAAUGAAAUGGUAUAUAAUGAACUAUUAGGAAUAUACAAAAAGUAUUUGUAAGUGUCUAGCCCUCCUUCCAAAGUUUUUCAUAAAGAAUAAACUGAGGAUAUAA